UAAUCCACUUAUAGUGUCCCUUACUACGAGAUACUAUAAGUGGAUGACAUUCGUCAUUUUAGCCAUUUUACUAGAACAAUGCUUAUGUACCGUGCUUUUCGUUUUUCGAAUUAAAAACCCUGGGCUUCUAAAUUUUCGAAGGUGUUUAUUGGGAGGCUUAUGCAGCAGAGGAUCCUCUUCCUCCAGAUUAUUGGAGGAGGCUGUAAAUGUGAAAAAUACGGUACUAGUAUAUCGUACUGCUGGGAAGGAUGCAACAAUUAAUUUGCACAUACAACAAGAAUCUGCUGUACAUAGCAAGCGCAUGAAUACUGGAAGCGCAUUAUUUUUCAGAUCAUUACGAUGCACAGCACGAAGUGCGAGUAAUAGCACUAUGUCGCAAUAAACUGCUAACACUUUUAGCAAGAUCCUCGCAAACAUUAAAUUUUGGUGCACGUUUGGACAACAAAAGUGCAUUGUCUACCAUCCAGCGCAUAACUGACACCUUGGUCGCUCACGCUAUUGCACUGGAACUCGGCGGUUUUGUUAAUGCUGCAUUCCGCGGCAACGUUCCUCAAAGAACUAUAUGGGGAGUUUCAGCAGCAAGAUCGCUUGAACGGUUGUUUGAGCUUUUAACAGCACAGACGGAACCGUAUAAAAAAUUGGAGUCCCUCCAAAAUCUACAUGACUCUGUCAAACUGAGGGUCAUCCUCUGCUUGGAUAACAAGGGUAUCCGCGAGGGAUUCAGUGGUAUAAGAAGCUGUCACCCAUAUCGACCGGAGCAAUACUAGCUAACGGAGGGUUAUCGUCUGCAGCUGAAGUACCUCGGCAACUGGAUCCGCGCAUAAACUUUCAACCAUACUUCCGGUCACCAUAAAGGUGAAAGAAACUUACUAGGCGUGUUUUCGUGUCCAUGAAUUCCAGCUCGCUUCCAGCCGUGGCAUUUUUAUAAUGCGGCUGCGCUGUCCCAGUACAAGCGGCUGUAGUGAAAACGUUUUAUCAGUUUCUUUCCAUAUAUAGACGAACACAAUCGCCGAGCGUAACACUUCCGCAACUUUGCUAGUGGGUCUCAUCCGAUCCCUGCUCGUUCAACGUGUAACUGCAGUGUAAAUUACAGUUCGAGCAGUAGUGUCGUUAUAGUAGGAUGAUAUAACAGGAGGAAAUGGCGCGACAGGAUGCGCAUAUAACGCGUCUUAAGCGGCAGUUGUACAAGUGGUAAGUGUAAUUUGCGGCCGAGGGAAUUGCUGUUUAACUGCCACUGCCAGGCACUGGACGGAGGAGGCCGACUGGAUAUUAUAUAUUCCCAUGUAUAACACUGAUGUGGCAGCCGGUGGUGGAAUAAUCUCAUCAUAUGCAUGCAGCCAGUGUGGGUGUUCACUUAUUGAUUGCCAUUGUGAAUAACGCUCAGGCUAACUGCCGGCAGCGGCAUCUGCCGGCGAUCCGCCAGGGAUCAUCUCCAUGUAAUUCAGUGCAAUAUACAAGUACAGCUGUCAACUGGCUACAAACAUCAUCUACACACACUCGACUCUUGCUUCCGGGACAAGUUACACUGGCCAUCCCUGAUCGGGCUCCACUUGGCCGACCGCACAAUCGCAACAACAUUAGGCUCACUCACGCCGCUCCCUCGACAGCGCGCCGCUUUGUAGUUUAGUUGUAUGCAGUUAGUCGCAUCCGCACCAUGUUUACCCAUCCAUGCAGCAGCUGUAUUCACGCUGAUCCCCUUCUCCAUCACGGCUAUAAAUCAGGGAUGCACCUCACCAACGGAUUAACCAACAAUUUCUUAUGAUUAAAUUUAUUAUCGUCUUCCAUAGAAAAUAGUGGAUCUCUGACCUUUAAUCCAAUGUACCGGCAAAUGCAGCGAGUAACUGCGUUAAUCGGCGAUCUGUGGUACCGGUGUACAAGUACUUGUCGGCUGUGCAGCCUGUGCGCAUGUACAGUGUUAAUCCUAUGCUUGAUUGGAUCUGGGGAGUCUCAGACGAGCCGUAAUCCCCCGGCGUCUGAGCUGUUCUGCUACCAGUGCAGCGAUCAGCCCGACAACACCAACUGCUCACGUCCUGUUGACCUCAAGCCCUGCACGCGCCCCGGCACCAACGUCUGUACCACCAAAGUCACCCACAACGCGGAGCGCGGUAUGCGGAUCACGAAGGAAUGCUCGUUCGGGCCGUGCAGCCUGGACAAUGCAGGCUCACUGGCGCUGGCUGUCGACCGGCUGUGCGACCGACGCAAUGCCGACUGGGAGUGCUCCAAGUGUUGCGGCACCUCCGGUUGCAACCACAACGCCGCACCCGCCCGACCACACUCCACCCGCGUCUUGCGAAUCCUCCUGUUUCUCCUCGCAGUCGGCGCAUCCCAUUGGCCAGGCGUACCCUUCGCCGGCGAUCCCUGACAUUGAACUGACUACCACGCUGUUGUUCUUCCGAAUCGCGUCAAUCAAGCGACGAUUGUCAGCCGCUGGCAACGAUAACACUCUGGUCGUCAUCCAGCGGCAUUCCCAUUAAUUUUUCUAUCAGCUGACGACGGCUUGUACACUUUCUGCAUGCUUGACAUAACAUUAUCCACUUCAAACGUCUUCCUGUCUCCUACUUGAUCAUGCGAUUUUCUUGCCUUCUGCGAAGCACCGUAAUUUACAGCAAGUCUCCUUAUAGUAUUAUUCUAACGCAGGUUUGCCAGUGUUGUUUCUUCAGUCACUCAAUCGCUGUCACCCUUUUAUUGAACUGUUAAAUGUAAUCUAUGGGUAUGGCAGCAGUAAAAUUUAAUAAUAAUG